GUCAUUCAAAAUAUCAUGUUGGGUCGUUUCGUAAAUGCAACCUAGUCUAAUUUGGCAUUUGUGUCCUCCGUGAUAUGUAACUAAAAUGUUGGACCCUGAGCAAUCAGCUUAUCAGUCCACGGCGAAUGUAGCCUGAGCAUAGGAGGAAAGGGGGGCAAAAGGGAGACACGAGUUAUCCAGCAAAAGCUAGCUCGUUUCAGGUACAUAAUCGAGGCAGAUAGAUCUAUGAAUCAAGAUGAACCAAUGUAGAUAAUCGAUUAACAAAGAGGAAUAAUUCUCGCACCUUCAUGUAGGCCGUUGGCACAAUAGGCUCCACAUUUCGGAGAUAGCGGUGGCAUUGACACCUGCAUCGCAACCCCAAUUUUAAAAAUCGUGUUGACAAUAACGGCCAACAACUACACCGAAUCAGAUAUUAACUCCCUAUUCAAUAUAGCACAUGUGUGUGGCACAGUAUAUAAGUGUACCUUUGUCAGGGGUGUUUUUGACCCAAAAUGGCCCAGACUAAAAUGAGACUAAUGUCUUUGGCACUGAAUCUGGUAUUGAUACCUUCACAUCCAAUUGACUUACCAAGAUCGCCGGCACCAGAGCACAAGAUUCACACCACGGAAGCAUACUUGAAUUUAUGCAGGCGAAAUAAUACCAAUUUUUACCAAGUACAAGACUUCAAGUUAAACGAUAUCGUUCUCAAAUACGGACCAUGGGUGCAAAAGUUGAAUGAGGACACCAACGGAGCUUAUGUGCAUAAAUCAUUUUGCUUUGUCUUGACACUAUCAGAUGCUGAAGACGGAAUAAGUGGCUAUAGCCGAAAGCCCGGAGUAAUGUUCGGUACCACUGCCUAUCAAGAUUACUAUCCUUCGGGUGAGAUUGUCAUCGAGUGUUUAAGGUAUAGAUUUCGAGGGUAUCAUACAGUCCGAGUAGAAUUUUUGUUUGAGUUACCAUACAGUAUUGCUGGAUCAGUAGAGGAAUUUUUGAUACAAAAUCUAGAUGUCGAUAACUAUGAAUGUUUGAACUACAACAUUUAUUCCCCUCAUAUUAUUGAUUUCAAAAGUGUAUUCAAAGUUCAUAACGAAUCUUUUGAGACUUAUGGUGCUGUAUUCAAAUCGUUUUUCAGUAAUAGCUCGAGGAGCAAACCAAAAAUCAGAGGCCUGGUUCUGGAGUAUUUACCUUCCAAUCUUGAAUCUAAUUUCAUGAGCUUGAUAGAGUACUAUCAGGAUGAAUUUAGUUUGAGGUAUAUUGAAGAGCCCCCAGUCAAUUAUCACUUUGCAAGUAGCUAUCAUGGUUCGAACUUUCUAAACUUUGCAACCAAAUCCCCAUUGGAAAAAGCCAUUUGGACAAAUUUAACUAGCAAACCAGUUUUGACAUAUAAUGGGGGAGUUGAAAGGACCAACCAGGAGUUGGUCGUCAAGUCAUAUCUGCUCAAAACGAACAUCAUCUUGGAACGAAGCUGGUCGGAAAUUCCAGAUGAGUUGUCAAAUAAGCUAUUUUUGCACCCAUACUAUCUACAUGGUGGAUUGGUUUAUUCAUUAUCCGAUGAUGUGAUCCAGGGAUUAAGAAGUAUUGAGCAGAACAGAGUGGAAUAUAAUGAAAAGGUCAAUGUAUUUGAUUCCAAAUUGCAACGGCUAUUCAUGAUGUUCGGGAAAGAAGAAUCUAACGAGCCACUUAGUUAGGAAAGGUUCAGAAUAAUGAAUGAUGAUGACAACAAAUUUGAAUAAUAGUUCGUUAGUUAUCUUUUUUAAAUUUGCAGUAAUCUGAACAAAUUGUAUGAAUAUA